AUGGCUAACGCCUUCUGCUUCGCCAGGCAAAAUUAUGUGGGGUCCCCUAAAUCACAUAGGUAUUUACUUGCGAAACUGCCAAGUAUCGGUCUUAUUCGGCGUGCAGGAUGGCUCACGAUCAAUUACAUAUUUGUUGACUUCUUGAAUCAUCGGUUUUCCUGUGUUGAACACCCUGAUGGCUGCAUGCCGCGAUCUAGAUAUGCCAAUAACGCUGGAUCUAUAAUCUUCAGGGCUGAAAUUACAUUACCGUGUUAUCAUCAACUGUGA